AGAAUUCGUUAUUUUACCUUUAAGUUGAGAGUAACCUUACAAAAUCUUAUUUUAAAGAAGAAAAAAAAUAAAAUAAAAAAUAACUAUUCAUGUUUAGUUUAAGAUUGAUCAUUUUUCUAACAUUUUUUGUUACUAUUAUUAAAACUAAAUGUCCAUCUGAUGUAACAUGUGAUUGUAAUUCAGUAUCAUCAAUUAUCACAUGUGAUGGUAGAAAUGGUGAACAAAUUCCAACAAUAUUAUCAAAUUUUCCAUCAUUUAAUACUUACAUAUUUCGUAAUUAUUCUCUAAUACCAGCUCAUGCAUUUGAUAAUAUACAAUUUCCAUCAAAACAACAUAUUGUAAUUGAACUUGUUGAUAUAUUUAAAAUUGAUACCAAGUUUAGUUGUAAUAUUUUUUGA